GUCUAGAGCCACGUCGCUUAGGCAGCCCGGGAAGACUACGGACCUACCCUCAUGGCUUCCGUAGACACCCGGCGUGUUGGGGACAGCGCCGGGGGCGCCUUCCAGCCUUACCUCGAUUCCUUGCGGCAGGAGCUGCAGCAGAGGGAUCCGACGCUGCUGUCCGUGGCGGUGGCUCUGUUCGCAGUCCUGCUGACGCUGGUUUUCUGGAAGUUCAUCUGGAGCAGAAAGAGCAGUCAGAGAGCUGUUCUCUUCGUUGGGCUUUGUGACUCGGGGAAAACGUUGCUGUUUGUCAGGUUGCUAACUGGCCACUACAGAGACACACAGACUUCGAUUACAGACAGUUCUGCUGCAUACAAAGUCAACAAUAACAGGGGCAAUAGCCUGACUUUGAUUGACCUCCCUGGGCACGAGAGCUUGAGGCUUCAGUUCUUAGAUCGCUUUAAGUCUUCAGCCAGGGCUGUGGUGUUCGUGGUGGACAGUGCAGCGUUCCAGCGGGAGGUGAAAGAUGUGGCCGAGUUUCUCUAUCAGGUCCUCAUUGACAGCAUGGGACUGAAGAAUGCACCAUCCUUUUUAAUAGCCUGCAAUAAGCAAGAUAUCGCAAUGGCAAAAUCAGCGAAGUUAAUUCAGCAGCAGCUUGAAAAGGAACUCAACACCUUACGAGUCACCCGCUCUGCUGCUCCCAGCACACUGGACAGUUCCAGUACUGCACCUGUUCAGCUGGGAAAGAAAGGCAAAGAAUUCGAAUUCUCCCAGUUGCCCCUCAAGGUGGAGUUCUUGGAGUGUAGUGCCAAGGGUGGACGAGGGGAUGCCGACACCGCCGACAUCCAGGACUUGGAGAAGUGGCUGGCCAAGAUCGCCUGAGGGGCAGCCCUGGCUGCAAGCCUUGGGCAUCUGUGACUGACAAGCAGUUUGGGAAAGGGCUGUGGUGGUGUGGAGCUGAAGAGGGAACAUGGCCUGUGUCUGCAGCAUCUCCGUGUUCUAGAAACAAUUGUUGCAGCUCAAGAGCAUUGUCCCUCCCUCUAGCUCCUUUCUCAACUAGUCCUUUUUAUCUAAUUCUCCUGUUCUCCCUCUUGGUAGGUGUAGCAUUACUUUAGUGUGUGACAUAGCAGAAAGGGCAUUACUAUGAGAAAAGGGAAGUUCUUGUCCUCUGCCUCUGCUUCGGUCCGUUUUCCCGGAGCCAGACCUGCCCUUUUAUGGAGCCAGUUCAUUUCCAGUUGCCCCUGGUAUUUUGGCAUAACUAAUGCAUUGUCAGUUCUUAGUGAAGUCUCAGAUAUAAAGGUAGUUACAGCGAAGACAGGUUCAGAACCACAGGGCACUGUUGACAGUGACCUGUCUCCACUCCAGCUGAGGUUCAGAAGCCUGCCGGGAACCUCUGGAGUCACUCUCACGUGACGGAUGUAAGAGCCAGCUCCCCAGACACUCGUGGUUUAGUGUGCUCCAGAGGUUCCCCUGGGGAGAGCAGGGAGACAGUGCACUGCUGCCUCUGGGGGCGAGUGAGGUCCCAGGCUGUCUGCCUGUGCUACUUGGUCAGGUCCUGUUGUGUCGCCUCAGCUCAAAUGCCGUGGAACAGCACAAACGGGAAGAGUCCAUUGUAUGUAUUUUUAAGUGAAUUCGUUCAUGCUUUAAAAAAAAGUUGCCUUUUCAAAGUAA